AUGGACUCUGACACGCAUUUUGACGUCGCUAUCCUUGGGACAGGUCUCACGGAAUCACUCACCGCAGCUGCACUCGCCAAAGCCGGUCUGAAAGUGGCGCAUGUUGACAGUAAUGAAUAUUACGGUGCAGAUGAAGCAUGUCUGAGCUGUAACGAGCUUAAGCAAUGCAUGGCUUCCGCGAGUACUAUUGAACAGCCUCGGAAUACGAGUUACUCGUCGGCGUCACUUCGUGGCGAGCUCCCUUCUCCCUCGAGAGAUUACUCUAUAUCGCUAUCACCUUCAAUAAUCCCCUCACUUGGACCCCUCAUCUCUGCAUUAAUACAAUCUGGAGUGGCGAGAUACGGUGGUUUCAAGCUCCUUGAGUCGAUAUCUAUGUAUUCAGGAGGCGAAUUUAAGAGCGUACCAGGAAGCAAAGAAGAGAUAUUCAAGUCUAAGGAACUAUCUCUUAUGGACAAACGACGUCUCAUGCGCUUCCUUACGUUCGCUAGUGGAGACUUUGAAGGCUCUCCGGAAUUACAGGGAAAGGAAUCUAUGCCGUUCUUCACAUUUCUGGAGGAAGUAUUCUCUCUGGGCAAGCAGCUCGCCUCAUCGUUGACAUAUGCGCUUGCACUUUGCAAGACCGCAUCUGAUCCUACACUUCCUGCAUUGCAACGAAUAAAACAAUAUCUCCGGUCUGCUGGUCGAUAUGGUCCUUCUCCAUUCUUGGUGGGACAAUACGGAGGUCUUGGGGAGUUGGCCCAAGGAUUCUGCAGAGUUUGUGCCGUUUCUGGUGGAACGUACAUCCUCGGACGAGAAAUUUCCGUAGAGACCAAGCAGGGCUCGUCGUCAGAACCCGACGGAACGAAGAAUUUCAAGCUUAGGCUAUCUGAAAUACCAGACGAGCUCACUGCAGACGUGAUUAUCUCCUCAGCACAGUUCCUACCUAAGCUCGGGAUAGACAGUGAAGCCGGGAAAGGAGAUGUACGGACUGUAGAGAGGCAUGCAUAUUGCAUAGCACUCGUCCACGGUUCGAUAGCUAGGCCUCCUACGGCGCAGUCUACCUCAUCGACAGACGAGAACACAGAAGAGCCUGUUGAGACAAAAGCGGAGGGUACAGAUGAUAAAGACCAAACUCGACCUGUUGAUGCCGCUUUGUUGGUCUUCCUCCCAGGAGAGUUACCAUCUGGUAAAGCAUCAAACCCGGUGAACGUCUUGGUCAACGGAGAGGGGACGUUAUCUUGUCCUCGUGGGAAGACUAUUCUAUAUGUCUCAACGCAGCUUCCUAUUUCUUCUUCGACAAACUCAGAAGGAGAAGAUUCUCCAGAUCCCGAAUCACUCUUAUGUCCAUACCUAGACGCCGUACUCUCUCACUUCCACACUCUCUCGGGUUCACAGCUCAAAGAACUAUCCAGCGCGUUCUACGUCAAGUCCACUCCCUCCAUCCCACCAAGUCUCCCUGCAUCCUUAAAAGAACGGAAGAUCGUUCUAGCUCCUCCACUACCUGAUCAUUUUGCAGAAGCAGGUGAUGUAGCCGCUGUGAAUAGCGAAGCCAUUUUCCGAGACGUUUUGAAGUGUCUAGGGAGGGAGGAUGCUGAGAGUGUGGAUGUUUGGCCGGCUUUGGAGAGAGAUGACGAGGAUGAGGAUAUGAUGUAA